ACACUGAAAUAUUUUCUCCUCAAAUUUUUUUCAAUAACUAAUAUUGUAAUCAAGAUGGAACGACGAUUUGUUAACAUAAUAUUGCUCGGAUUCGGGUUUAUGUUCGUUUUUACUGCGUUUCAGACUAUGGGAAAUAUAGAGAAAACUAUUCUGGACAGCAUCAGUCAAGAUGACAGUUCGUUCACGGGCGAUGGAUAUACAUCAUUGGCGAUCAUUUAUGCCACUCUUGCUAUUUGCAACUGGAUGGCACCCUCCGUGAUCACCAUCACUGGGCCUCGAGGCGCAAUGCUUAUUGGAGCUACCACUUAUUUGUUUUUUAUAGUAACAUUCCUGUUCCCACGUACAUGGCUGCUGUAUGCCGCGAGUGUGCUGAUCGGCAUGGGCGCAGCCGCUAUAUGGACGGGCCAGGGCAAUUAUCUCACGCUCAACAGCGAUGCCGACACUAUUUCUAGAAAUUCUGGAGUCUUCUGGGCCAUGUUGCAGUGCAGUCUCUUCUUCGGGAAUCUAUUCGUCUUUAUUAAGUUCCAAGGCAAAACCCACAUCGACGUGGAAACUCGGAAUGUCGUAUUUGGGGCUUUAACAGCAGUGUGUGCAGUGGGCAUCAUAUUCCUGAUUUUGCUGCGGCCUGCGCGUCGCGCACCUAACGUAGAAGAUGCUAAGGUGCACUCUGACACCCUCAUACAUAAAAACGAAGUAGUGAGUCACGAAGACGACGGUCCAUUAGACGCGUUCAAAGGCGCCUUGAAGCUUUUCUGCACGCGGGAUAUGCUGUUACUUAGCGUUACUUUCAUAUACACUGGUGUCGAAUUGUCGUUCUUCAGUGGAGUAUACAGCCCCAGUAUCGGAUUCACAUUGUCUAUGGGCGAGAACGCAAAGCAGCUUGUAGGGCUGUCGGGAGUCUUCAUUGGAUUGGGAGAAGUUCUUGGUGGAGCUCUCUUCGGAAUUCUCGGCUCAAAGACAAGCCGCUGGGGUCGCGACCCGAUCGUAAUAAUGGGUUACCUGAUCCAUCUCGCGAGUUUCUUCCUUAUCUUCAUCAAUCUCCCCGCCGAGGCGCCUUUCGGCGACACCACAGCCGUCUCAUACAUCGAUCCUUCGCCUUACCUUGCGAUGUUCUGCAGUUUCCUACUAGGUUUCGGCGAUGCGUGCUUCAAUACACAAAUCUAUUCAAUCUUGGGCGGAAACUACGCGGAUAACAGCACUUCUGCAUUUGCUCUAUUUAAAUUUACUCAGUCUCUAGCAGCGGCUGCGUGCUUCUUCUACUCUUCCCAAGCACUGCUGACAGUCCAAUUGAGUGUGUUAGCGGUGCUAGCAACAUUAGGUACAGCUGCUUUCGUACGAGUAGAAUGGGUGGCCAAAGCACGCGCACGCGCAGCCGCCUUAGAGAUUAUCGACGAUAAACCAGUCCCCAGUGAGAAUGCCUUGCAUUACGACUGAAUAUGAAUACUAUGUAAGAGAUACUUAUAGGAAAAAUAACUCGCUGAAUAUUAAUUAAAGGAGAGAAGUGGUUCUAGUGUCUGACGUCGAAAUGAACUACGACAUGAUAGUUUAUUCAUAGAUGAUAUCAUUAUUAUUUUGAUCAAUCUCAAGAGGCGACAUAUUAUAAAUGUAUUAUAAAGAAGUUGGGCCAUAUUGUGGUAAGAUUUACGAACAGUAUGAAUAAAAAGCUUUACAAUUUUUUUUACUGUACAACGUAAUGGCGUAAAGCGCGGUCUUCUAUUCAAAAAUUGUCCGUUUAAAGGUAAAACCGCAUAAUUGACAUUUUCCACAAAAAGUCUAAUUUAUAUAGCUAUGGUAAGAAAAUCACUAUCUUUCUGCGCGUGAAAGUCCAUAACAAAAAAGCUAUAAACUCAAUAAGAGUUUUAUCUGCAGAAUGAUGGUGAUUUUCUUACAACAGGUAUAUAAUUUGGAGAUUUUGUGGAAAAUGCCACAUUAAGCAGACGAAAUGUGUUAUUGAUCAAAAGACAGGAAAUAUGAUGCAACUACAGAGGGCUAUGGGGUACGUAGCCCUUUCUCAUAUUUUGCAAUAGCCCAAACACAUUUUAUAACAAAAUUGAGAUAUAAAAUGUUCAAGAACAACUUAUAAGGCACAAAUGACAAGAAACCUGCACCUCAGGAGUGUUUGUAAAAUUGCCACAGUGUACAUUUUCGUCUAAAUGUGGAAAAUGAUUUUGCAUAAUAUCUUUAAUUGUGGCUAACGUACUAAGAUUAAAUCGACUGCCGAUUUCGAAACUUGCCAUGUUGCAGUAAAGGAAAAAAGAAGAAGCACGUGUAGGCUAUUGCCCAGAAAUUGGGACAACAAUGAGGCUUAUUAAUAAAAAAAAUUCAGGGUCGGAAAAUAGUUAACAUCAUCUGUUUUCAUCUAUCUACACUAACUCGAGUUACGUGGUUUACAUUCUUCUUUAUCAGAUCUUUAUCUCAUUUAUGUAUACAGGUGUGAUAAACAUUACCUUUGUUUGUCUCUUUCUUGUCAC